AUGUUUAUCUUCAUCAAACAUGGAGAUAACCAAGAGUUUCUGGUCAACAGCAACUGCUCUGUUCUCCUGUUGCUACAUUACAUUAGAAAGAAAAUGGGGUUGCGUAAAACAGACACCAUCGAUUUGUGUGAUGAAACUGGGACCAUGAAGUUACUUUUCUUAACAAAGACACCUGGGGACUACGCCAGCAAAUUCCUUUCAGCACGAAAUACCUACUACGUUUGUAAAGUAGAGCGUGGAGCUGCAGGCACCAGGAUCGAGAAUUCCUACAAAGCUGUUGUGCCCCUCUUGAAGAAUCCAGAACCUGAACUAGUUGAGUCCCUGCGCACACAAUGUGACUUCCUGGAGAGAAGCCGAAUAAAGAUGCUUAGAACUCUAGAGGCUAAGAGAUUGGCAGCCAUGGAAUCCUCUGUAAAUCUUCCAGCAAGAUCCCCCAAGGGUGGUGGAACCCAGCAGAGCGCUAGUCAAAGCAGUCAACAGAAGUCUAAAGCUGGACGAUCAGAUGAAGAUGGGCCAGCUCCCACCCGCAGACCAUUCUAUAAGACUAGAGCAGACUUUCUCAAGAGACAUCGUUAA